AUGAAUAAAGCUCAUCGCACUUCACAUGCCAAUUUCCAGGGAACAAAAGAGGUCGCUCAGAAGCAACUGAAAGACAUCCUGGCGAUGAGUGUCGGUGGUGGUGGCCGACCGGUUCACGGUGGUGUCCAUCAGAAUGCUACUGGUCCGGUGGGAAGCACUAUGCCAAUGGGAGGACCUCGUCCAGCUGGUCCAGGAGGUCCAAUGCCAGGAGUGGUGCCGAAUGCCGCAUAUCCGGGAGGUCCUGCUGGGGCCCCUGCCGGUCCACAACCAACCACCUUCAACAAGUUCCUCCAGCCAAUUAGUGAGUGCGAUGAGUCUAUCAACGAUAUAAUUGAUCAAAUUAGUGUGGAUCGUUGGCCAGUUCCACAGGGUCAUAGACCGCUUCGUGCCACUGGAGCCGCGCUGGCAGUAGCAGUCACAUUACUCGAGCAAUGCUUCCCGAAUACUGGUGCCCGCAUCAUGACUUUCGUAGGGGGUGCCUGCACUCAUGGACCUGGUGCUGUUGUUGGUGAAGAACUCAAACUCCCAAUCCGUUCAUGGCACACUAUCAAGGAAGACAAUGCCAUCUACAUGAAAAAGGCAACCAAGUUCUACGAUUCGCUAGCGAGCCGCGCCGUCAAAAAUGGUCAUGCAAUCGACAUAUACUCUUGUGCACUUGAUCAGACCGGUCUUUUGGAGAUGAAGAACUGCUUCAAUUCAACAGGAGGUGAUUAUCAAUGCUUUGGAGUUUUGUCGCCCUCUCCCUUCCUUCCUUCAUCGCAGGCAGUAGAUCGCUGGAAACAACUUCAUGUGAAAACGGGCAACGGCCUACGCAUUGAAGGUGUUCUUGGAUGUUGUGCCAGUGGUAAUGUACGUAACGCUUGCGUAUCGGAUACGGAAAUGGGCAUCGGAGGCACGUGUCAGUGGAAAUUCUGCUCGCUUACGCCAAGGACUACCAUGAAUACGGCUUUCGAACGAGAGUCGGUGCAUGCACCAAAACGCACUAAAGUGUUCCUGUAUUACCAUGGAUCCGCAGUUGCACAAGGCGCACGAGGAAUGGUGCAGUUUGUGACGCAGUACCAACAUGCCGACGGUAGAAAACGGAUUCGUGUCACUACCACUUGCAGAUCCUGGGCUGACAUGGCCACCCAGCAGCCAAAUAUAGCAUAUGGCUUCGAUCAGGAAGCCGGAGCAGUAGCUAUAGCGAGACUAGCAUCAUGGAGAGCUACCAACGAGAACGACACUCCAGAAGCGCUCAGAUGGCUUGAUCGUACCCUCAUUAGAUUGUGCCAGAAAUUCGGUGAAUACGCUAAAGACGAUCCCAAUUCAUUCCGACUGUCGGAUAAAUUCUCACUUUUCCCCCAAUUCAUGUUCCACUUGAGAAGAUCACAGUUCCUACAGGUGUUCAACAAUUCACCCGACGAAACUGCAUAUUAUAGGCAUAUAUUGUUUUCUGAAAAUGUACUUGAGAGCACAACUAUGAUCCAACCAGUGCUGUUCAGCUACUCGUUCAGGACUGGUGUUCCGCUUCCAAUUCUGGGCACUAGAGAACGCUUAGGUUGUGAACGUUGUGUACUUUGCGUACUGCUGAACGUUGUUUUCAGUGGACCUCCAGAGCCAGUCCUUUUGGACACCUCUUCUAUACUGCCUGAUAGAAUACUGCUUAUGGACGACUACUUCCAUGUGUUGAUAUACCACGGACAAACGAUCGCGGCAUGGAAAAAAAUGAAUUACCAUGAGGAUCCACAGUAUGCAACGUUCAAACAGCUUCUCGAAGCGCCAGUUGGAGAUGCAACGGCUAUUCUUCAAGAGCGAUGGCCCAUGCCUCGAUACAUUGUGACGGAAUAUGAGGGAUCUCAAGCUCGCUUUUUGUUGUCCAAGGUCAAUCCAUCUCUAACGCAUAAUAAUCCUUAUGCAUCGGAGGGUGGAGCUCCAGUGUUCACGGAUGAUGUUUCGUUGCAAGUUUUCAUGGAACAUCUCAAAAAACUCGCUUCCUCGUCAUCUACGUAA